AAGUAGGGAGAGGCACUGGAAGCAGAUGUGUUGAUCUUUGGGGUCCUUCAGCAUGAACUGCAAGUCCCAUCCUGGCAUGAUGCCGCUGCUCUUGGCUUUAAUCCUGAGUUUCCAUUUGCAAGGCAUAGCCUCCAGAUGUGUUGACACGGUCUUUGGGGAAGACCUUCAGCCCCUGCCCCCAGGGGUGGAGAGGUGCUCUUUCCCAAGUGGGAUUCUCAAACCAGACGUCUCACCACCUGGAAUGGGAGGCAACAGCAUUGAAGGGGGAGACUCUCGGAUAGUGGGUGGCAGGCCUUCCGCACCUGGAAAUUAUGGAGGAGGUUCUUCUGCACCCCAUUCCCAAGAAGACAACCCCUUUCAGUUUGGCAGGCCAAGUAGACCUUGGUGGCUUGGCAACCCAAUGGGGCCUAACUUUGGAAAUCCUGCUCAGGGUGGCGGACCAAGACCGUAUGAACCUUGGGGUGCUGCACAACAUGAAGGUGGCACUCCUGAAAGGCCACCUUCUGGUUUUACCAUCAGAGAAAACACUCCUAAUGGCCAUCCACGGCCAGUAUGGAAGGAACCUGGUAUCCCCUACAUCCCAACUGCUAAGGAAUGGGGAGGAACCUAUGUCCCAGCUUCAAAGGCACCCCCUAAGGCUAGGCCCAAUGUACCCUAUGGCGGUCCUUAUGGUGGUGGUGCAGAUUCCCAUUCUUCGGACAAACUCUAUGAUGGAGAAUCCAUUGCAUCCGGCCCAAGGGGGACAGAUGAUGGCAGUUAUGGCCCCAUACCGGAGGCUUUGCAGCCAUGGAGAGAGCAGGGGAGAGACGAUCAGUCUCCUACAAACCCUUGCAUUCCAAAAUGUUAAAGGAAGGGAGGUUAGACUCGACUCUGUGUCCUGGAGACAGGGUUGAGUUGGCCUUGGUUUCCUUGCCAUGUUUGGGCAAGAACUUUAUGGCAGGGAGGUAAAUACAUGUCACAAUUGAAUGCGAGUAGAGCAAAGCCAGUCUUAAAAUCUGGGAGGGCUGGACCUACAAAUUAAAGGCU